UUUUUUUAACGGUCGCUUCGCCCGCUGUCAAAGUUUCAGAAUUUAUCGUUACUCUAGAAAGUAGAAUCAAAAGACAGGGAUGUGCAGACGAGCUGUACGCGAGUGGCUGGUGCUGCUUACCAUGGAGAAGUACAUAGGGAGGUUCCUAGAGCGGGGUUACGACAGUAUUGCCCACUGUAAGCUUAUCGUGGUCAGUGAUCUUAUUAUGCUAGGAGUGGAUGAUGCCUCACACCGGAAACUGUUGCUAGAUGGAGUGCAGUUCCUGAUCAACGCGCCUGAGGGAUUUAUCUGCGAGGAGCCAUGUGAGCUACAUCACAAUUCUGAGACUGAUCCGGAUCUGGAGGUCAAAUCUGCCCCCACUGAAUCCGAAUGCUUCAAAAGUUUUAGUUUCCUUAAAACACUAAAUAGAGACGACGUGGGACCGACUUCAAUAUCAACAACCGUCAAAAGGGCUUUAAACCAGGAAUUCAACAAGUUAAUUCUGGAGGAAAUAGUUGAUUCAGAUGAUAUGGUACCCGAGAAAGGAGAAAUUAUAGUUGAUGGGGAAGAUCUUCCCCCAACAGUAUUGUCCGCCGAGUAAAUUCUUUAACCUACCCAUACAAAAAUUUGAAAGCUUUAACAUUAUGUUAACCAAAUAAUAUUUAAGAACUCUGGUUAAUGACUUUCCGAAGUGUUUUAAACGCUUCUUAAACAAAUAAAAUGUGUUUCUAAGUAUAACUC